CAAACCCCAACAGGAGACUUUUUUUAUGAAAUUCAGUUUGAGACAGAGAAGGCCAGAAUUCAAAUGGAGUCCACAAUUGCAGUAAACUUUGUGAAGAAGAAAUGGGACACAGAAACAGGCAUUGUCACAAUCACUUUCAACAUUAUUUUUGCACCAUAUAAACCAGUCAGCCAGUCAGCAAUGCUGAAAGUGCAAUCUGCCACUGGUGGAAUCUGGAGAUUCCCAUUAUUGUUGAUUGCCACUGAGCCACAGGUAGACGAUGUGAUCAAUAUUGAAGCAUUAGGACUAAAUAAGGAAUCUGUGGUUUGCUUCAGGCUAACAAGCCAGACAAGGUUUAUGGAUCGUUGUCUCCCCAAGGAUCGCAGCAGUUCUGAACAGCCCACGACUACCACCUCAGGGUAUCCCAUGCCCUUCACAGCACACUUUCUACCUUGUAGUGAUCAGGCUUUUGUGGUAUCACCUCAAGCUGGUGAACUGCUUCCACUUGGCUCCACUGGGACUCUAUUCACUGUUGGAUUUACCCCACGUAUGUACAGCAAAAAGUACAAGGCAAAACUGCUGAUUCAGACCAUGGAUAUGCAAUGGAUGUAUGAGAUCAAUGGUUUGGAUCCCCAGUACACUCCUCCUAAUGUUCAGCAUGGCAAAAUUGUCCACAAAGGCUUCAAGCAGACUGUUGCAGUCCAGCAACGUAACUUCAUCAAAGAAAACCUCAAGGUGAUAACAACUGCAGUGUCCUCUCCUCUAAAAGGCGCUCCCCUCGUUCACUAUAAAUAAAACAAUUAAAGCAAAGUAAAUAUGAAAUAAAAUGUUACCUUUCAUUUUCUGAAGAAUGUAGAUUAUUUUGUCUGUCUAAACAAAAGCCCAUCAUUCAUAACUGACUUUCUACAUGGAAGAACAUAUUUUUAUUAACACAGUAAUCUUGUGUAUGCUACAUUAUUAUAUCUAUCACAUUGUAUUUUUCCAAUAAAUCUUAUCAAUGUAACCAUUAUCAAUUGAAAAUAUUUUGCUUUUACAGUCCUCUGUAUGUGCCCACUUUUAUUUUAUAUAAAUCAAACCUAAUCAACCUAA